AUGAUCCUACACCGCAAGUCGCAGUCCAAGGAGAACGCAUCGGCCUCCUCCAGUCUAUCUACAAGUUCCCAAGACUCCCACCUCAAUAACCACUUCCGAAAAUGCGUCCCACAUAGCACCAAGAACGGACGUCAUGCUCCAAUUUGGCGGAUAAACCCAAAGGUUUGCCAUUGUGCCUUGUCUAGUUCUGUAAUUGCCUUCCGUCUAGGACCCUCGGAUGCCCCCCUCCCCCGAGUCAACUUCAUCUGAUGUAUUUUCAACCGAAGCUCCUCGCGAAAUCGUGGUCCCCCAGUGGCGCAAAAUGCCCCCCAUUAGUGCUACUUCGAGUAUGUUGUCUCACCGAAAUUCCUCUGCAACUGUUGCUGUUGGCCACAACCUCGUCUCAUGUUCCAUGGAGCCAGUUUCAUCUGCGCCUCCACCUUGUACUUACGAGGUAGGUAAACACAGAUGAGUUAUUCUUUUGUCGCUCUCCCCUACAAGUUUGCUUCUCGUCGUUUACAUAAACAUGGCCUGAAGCAGCACAUCUUUUGAAUGCUUCGAAAGCAUUCGCAUAAGUCAGGACAAACAAAGAUCUUUUAGUUGUUCAACGCACCAACUCCCACUGACACGCGUGGAAAGGUCGGUUCUUGAUGUAGCUGGGAAGACUCGAUCGCUGGCGUUUCAGAUUCGCUGUCGAACUCAUAAUCAGAGACAGCUGAAGAAAGACUUGGCGGUCGCAGACGACGCUGCGAAUUUUAAUAGGCAUGUGAUUGCAUAGCGACUGCGUCCACUAUAACUGCGGCGUCUACACCAUACGCUGCUGUCUUCGAUGCUGGGUUCGAAAGUGAACCCGAGACGUUCUUGUUACCGCAAUUUAGUCUCCUCGGAUCAGCUUUUGUUAGAACUGUUUAUGUAGUGAUGUAGACCAAGCGCAAAUAAGAAUUGCCUCGAAAGCAGAUGCAACUGUCUCUGCGCGAGAAUCCGAAACGUCGGGCGAGUAGACGUCUUCCAGCGACCGCGUGUCAUUCCUCUGAAGUGUUUCCUGAAACGUGCCUUUUAUUCCUCAUCCAGGCAAUCUGUUGGUUAACAUUUCAGACGCAAGGUCACGCCAUAGAAGGUUUUGGGCUUGACAAAUCAUUUGAAUUUCUGCUCAAUUUUGUGUAUCAAACUGACAAUGGUGAGCCAACCAAGCCCUCCAAUAUCUCCACAGUAUGCUAGGUCUGUUCCAAUGCACCGUUUCUUUUUCCCAAGUUAUCAUCUCAUCUUUGCCAACCGUAUCAUAUUCUUCCUAGUUAUUGACAGGCAGUGUAAGUCUAACUAACGGGCGACGGUUCUUGUUCAUGACCAGACACUGGGUAACCGACUUGAGAACCUGGAUAAGCGUGAACCUUCGUAACCCUGCGCCUCAGCUCGUAGCUAAACCACACUUAUGUCCCUUAUGCCCCCCAACAAAAGUUUGGUGCGUGCUGCCGUCGUGUUAUCUUACUGAGCGCUGUGUCUGUAUGUCAAACCACAAGCGUGUCGUCAGAUGGGAAGUCUGACGUGUGAUCACGGCUUAAGUGAAUGCCUGCCAAGGCUCUACUUAAUGACAACUGAGCGUAUUGAUUAUCAACCCAUCCCUAUUUUUCUUAGGCAAUAUCUUUGGACAGCGAAGUUGCGGAGGAUACCUCGGAUGAGCAUUACCGAGAACUGCACGCAGUUGAAGAGGCCAAUGAACUCCGUCGCAAAACUGGCCCCACGCAUUCUCCACUUUCACCGCAUUCAUCGGCAUUUCACGCGGUUUCCGACUGA